UCUGAUAUUAAGGAGAUUAGUGAUUCGAAAGGAAAAAUUCCAAAUGCAUCAAAAAAAAUGGCUGAAAAAUUUCAUAUUGGUGCCUGCCAUGUAUAUGAGAUAUGGGAACAUAAUGAACGUUUCCAACAAGGUCUUGAUAAUCAAAAUGAUUUCUUAUUACCACCUGACUCAAAUGAAGGUCUCACAUUAGAUAAGUCUCAAACUAAGAAGAUUCUAGCUAAGGAAACAUCGACAAAAAAGAUUAGCUGA